AUGCCUUCAGACGCAAAGAAAAGGCGAGAUGCAGCAAAAAAGCAGGCUGCGAAAACAAGGAACAAGGCUCGAGACCAGAAAAUGCAGAAAGAAGAAAAUGAAGGAUUGGGCCCCCCUGUCAAUUCAGACGGCUCUGCAAUACAAGAAAAUGGAGAUUUUUCUGUAUCAGGCGGUCGCGAUGAUGUUAUAGAUGUUGCUGCAGCUAUGCUGGAGCAGAUGGAACUCGAGAAUGCUCAGGCUAGGUCUGCGGCUGGUGCUUUAACUUCCCAUCCUAAGUCAAUGGACAUCAGAAUUGAAGGCGUUACAGUAACUUUUCACGGGAGGGAGAUUGUUACUGAUACUAUCUUGGAGUUGAACAUGGGAAGACGUUACGGACUUAUCGGUAAGUCAACUCUGAUGCAGGCAAUUUGUAGAAGAGAGUUGCCUAUUCCAGAUCAUGUUGACAUGUUUCUUGUUUCACGCGAGAUGGCAGCCUCGAAUGAUAGUGCAUUAAAGGCUGUCUGUGAUGUUGAUGAGGUAAGGAAGGCCUUAGAAAAACAGGCGGAAGAGUUAGCAGCUUGUACAGACGAUGAAAGUCAAGAGAAGCUGUUGGAUGUUUAUGAUAGGUUGGAAGAUAUGGAUGCCGAUAUGGCAGAGACUAAAGCUGCAGGGAUUUUGCACGGGUUGGGUUUUACAAAACAGAUGAUGUUAAAGAAGUGUAAAGAUUUUUCUGGCGGGUGGAGGAUGCGCAUAGCAUUAGCAAGGGCGUUAUACUUGAAGCCUUCGCUAUUACUUCUUGAUGAGCCUACAAAUCACCUUGAUUUAGAAGCUUGUGUGUGGUUAGAAGAAGAAUUAUCCCGCUACAAGAGGACUUUGCUCAUAGUAUCACAUUCACAAGAUUUUAUGAAUGGAGUUUGCACAAAUAUUAUUCACUUAUUCCAGAAGAAGCUUGUAUAUUAUGGUGGUAAUUAUGACGCUUACAUAAAAACUAGAGAGGAGUUGCUAGAAAAUCAGAUGAAGCGUUAUAAAUGGGAACAGGAUCAGCUCCAACACAUGAAAGACUAUGUUGCUCGGUUCGGUCAUGGAAGUGCAAAGCUUGCUAGACAGGCACAAAGUAAAGAAAAAACUAUGGCAAAAAUGAUUGCUGGUGGAUUAACUGAAAAAGUUGUGCUCGAGAAGGUGAAGCAGUUUUACUUUUUUGAUCCUGGUCCAAUACCUCCUCCUGUCAUUAUGAUACAACAUGUUUCUUUUCGAUACAGUGAUAACACACCUUACAUUUACAAAGAUCUUGAUUUUGGCAUCGACUUAGACACAAGAAUUGCUCUUGUGGGGCCAAAUGGGGCAGGGAAAUCGACAUUGCUGAAAUUGAUUUGUGGAGACGUUAUGCCUGCUGACGGUCUUAUUAGGAGACACUCGCAUUGCAAAAUCGGCAGAUAUCAUCAGCAUUUACAUGAAGAGCUUCCGCUUGAAAAAUCUGCAUUGGAGUUCAUGAUGUGUUCUUUUCCUGAUGUGAAAGAAAAAGAAGAAAUGAGGAAAAUCAUUGGACGCUACGGCUUAACUGGUAGAGAACAGGUCUGCCCGAUGAAACAACUUUCUGAUGGGCAAAGGUGUCGAGUUUCUUUUGCGUGGCUUGCCUGGCAACAGCCGCAUUUGUUGCUUCUGGACGAGCCAACUAAUCAUCUAGACAUGGAGAGUAUUGAUGCGCUGGCAGAGGCAAUUAAUUGCUUUGAAGGCGGGAUGAUGCUGGUUUCCCAUGACUUCCGUCUAGUUCAUCAGGUUGCUGAGGAGAUUUGGAUAUGUGAUCAUCAGUCUGUGACUAAGUGGGAGGGAGAUAUAUUUUCUUACAAAAGUUUUUUGCGUAAUCGUAUCGACAAGCAGCUUGCAAAGAUGGUUGAACGAUAA